UGCGGGACUUUUUACGCGUGAUGCUGCGCACGACUCCGACGCAUUUAACCACCAGCGGGAAAGUCAGCAGCAAGAAACCGUACGAGUGACAUGGAUGGAUAGAUCCGGCAUCUGAGCGCUUUUUGGAUUCGCAUCGGAUAAAGCUGAUUUUGUUUGAUUUUACCGCUUUUUACGCCUCACGAUGGAUCUCCCGCAGUGUUUAGUGGCCGCGUACCUGCUCCUGGUGUCCCUCGCUCAGUGUCAGCACUAUUAUCUCCUCAGACCCAUCCCGAGUGACACUUUACCCCUGCUGGAUCUCAAGGAGGACCCCGACCCUAUCUACGACCCGCGGGAGAAGGACCUCAACGAGACCGAGCUGAGAAGCGCCCUCAGCGACUUUGACAGCCGCUUCCUGUCCGUCAGCCCUCCUCAGGACCGCUACACGGGCAACGAGGACCUGGACGAGCUGGACCUCCAGCAGCAGAACCCCACCGGGCUGAUGCCCAAAGACAUCAAGAACCUGGACUUUGACGUGCAGUGGGGUAAGAAGCGCAAAGUCAGCAAGAAGCUGAAGCGCAGACUGCAGAUGUGGCUCUGGUCCUACUCGUUCUGCCCGGUGCUGUACGCGUGGAACGACCUGGGGACGCGUUUUUGGCCGCGCUUCGUGCGCGCAGGGAGCUGCUACACCAAGCGAUCGUGCUCGGUACCCGAGGGGAUGGUGUGCAAACCGGCCAAAUCCACGCACAUCACGCUGCUGCGGUGGCGGUGCGUGCAGAGGCGAGGAGCGCUCAAGUGCGCGUGGAUACCGGUGCAGUAUCCCAUCAUUACAGAGUGCAAAUGUUCGUGCGCGAACUGACCAAUCACGAACGGACAUCUCCGACGCGAUGCUUUUUUUUUUCUGGAAAAAAGUGCACAAACUAUAUAAAAACUGUCGUUUUUCUGGACUUGAGCUGACUUGACAGGACUUAAAUUAUGGAAAACUGUUCUGAGAAAUAUUACUGUACAAACUUUGAUCUGGAUUUCAGUUUUAAAAAGAUGCAAAUUUCACGAUUUAAGUUAUGAAAAACGUUUUAUUUUGUAUUAUGGUAACACUUUAUAACUUCAAAUCAAUAACAAAUGUAAUACUUAACAGAUAAAUAAUUCAUAUA